ACAUUUCCAAAGAAGGGUCAGACGUGUGUGGUGCACUACACAGGAAUGCUACAAAAUGGAAAGAAGUUUGAUUCCUCCAGAGACAGAAACAAGCCUUUCAGGUUCAAGAUUGGCAGGCAAGAAGUCAUUAAAGGAUUUGAAGAAGGUGUUACACAGAUGAGCUUAGGACAAAGAGCAAAGUUGACCUGCACACCUGAGAUGGCCUAUGGAGCCACAGGCCACCCUGGGGUCAUACCUCCCAAUGCCACACUCCUCUUUGACGUGGAGCUUCUCAGGUUAGAGUGAACCUUCCCGGGGGAGUUGGCUGGAGACAUCUGUUAAUAACCAUCCAUUCCUUCCUGCCUUGCCAGCGGCGGGAGGAAUCUUCACUGGAAUCCCAACCUUCCUGCUCAAGCUGUCCUGUCAGUAGCACCUGACUCUUGGUUUCCUAUGCCUUCUUUCUCUUUUAUAAAUUUGUGGUGCCCGUAUUUGCCUUUUAUUAGAAGCUUUGCUCUGAGGAAAAAUGUCUCCUGGUGUAACAUUUCCGAGUUGUACAUUUUAUUUAAUUUGCAUGUAUGAAGAAUUCACGGU